AUGCCACUCUACUUUCCCCUCGAGAUAAUCAUGAAAAUCCUCACUCUGGCCACUCGGAGGAGAGCGUAUGCGGUAUCAUGGAUUGUAUUAUCAAAGCGGACAUAUAGAUGGUUCGAAACAUUACUGUAUGAAAGGAUUGUCAUGGUUGAUGAAUGCCAGGCUGCACUAUUCAUUCAAUGCCUCCGCCUCAGGCGGAUGCAUGAGGAGUUCGCCCGGACAUCGAUCAACGAGAUGUGGCUCGGUGGCGACAUACAGGCCAUGACGGUAAAUGAGAUACUGUCAAUGUGCACAGGAAUCAGAAACCUUGCCUUGUCGUCAUACGGGGAUGAGGUUCUCCAGGACCUAUCAUCUCUACAACCAGUACUGGAUGCUCUCCCACUGACUGUGCUGCAUCUGCACAUCGGUGUCACCCUCACUGAUUCCUUAAUCGCCAAUGUCAAUGUCUUCUCUAGACUGACACAUCUUGAUAUCGACGAUCAUGAUUUACUUCAGCAUGUUCGCAUCGAAUCCUUCCCUCAGUUGACUCACCUGUCUCUGUGGGGUGACUGGGGUGACUUGCCCCGCCAACGGCCGAACAUGGUGUCAUUGAUACAGCGACUUCUCGACCAUCCAACAAUGCAAGUGAUUAUGUUUCGCUCCGACGAUCACGGAUCAUUGGCAACCUUCCUUGAAAUUCAUGCGUUCAACGAUCCUCGCAUCAUCAUCGUGCCCGAAAAGCUAUAUUUAUGGGAUGAUUUGGGACGUGGAUCCAUGUUAACAUGGGAGAUAGCUGAGGCGAAGGUGAAUCUUCCGGAGCCCAAUCACUGGUUGCAUCGCUGCUUCCCACCCAGCACUGUCUACAAUGGAUUGAGGCAGUAUAUGAACGUUGAUAGCGUCCCACGACGGAUGGUGAACUAUCGGAUUAUUCGGGCCGUCGUAUUGAAGCCAGGCAUGAAAAGCCGGAACACUAGCCGGGUACGUCUUUAUGACUCUUACGGCAGGGACGAUUGUAGCGAUGAUGGCGAGGAAGGUCUUGCGAUGUCCGGUGGGGACUCUGACGAUGGCUCGGACGAGUAG